UGAUGGUCCAAAGCCAGGCCGAUGUUGAUACUUCUAUAGUUUACCAGAAAUUUGACUUCCAACCGGCUUGGAUGAAAACAAAAGAAUAUUGGGACGACACCUUUGAAAGGAGAUACAGCAAAAUAAAGCAAGAUCCAAACCGACCACACCUUAAGGUGAUCCUGGUGCCUCAUUCCCACAACGAUCCAGGAUGGUUAAAGACUUUCGAACACUAUUUUGAAUCAGAAACUAGAAAUAUUCUGAACCACUUGGUCAACAAGAUGAGGCAGCAUGACAAUUUAACGUUUAUCUGGUCGGAGAUCAGUUUUUUGCAAGCUUGGUGGGAUCAAGUGCAUCCCACGAAACAAAAGGCGUUUAAAAAGUUUGUCCAAGCUGGAAGAAUAGAAAUAACAACCGGCGGUUGGGUUAUGACUGACGAAGCCAACGUGCACUUGUUUGCAAUGUGGAACCAACUUGUAGAAGGUCACCAAUGGUUAAAACUCAACCUGAAUAUUACACCAACAACAGGCUGGUCAAUCGAUCCUUUUGGGCACGGCAGUACAUUUCCCUACAUUUUGAGCAAUUCUGGUUUCCAAGGUACCAUAAUUCAGAGAAUUCAUUACGCUUGGAAGCAAUGGUUUGCUUGGAAGAGAUUUGGAGAUUUUAUGUGGGUUCCUGGAUGGGAAGUUACUGGCAAAGAUUCGGCAAAAAGUGCAAUGUUAACUCACAAUAUGCCUUUUGAUAUUUAUUCGAUCAAACAUUCCUGUGGACCUCAUCCAUACACAUGCUUGAACUUUGAUUUUAGGAAAAUUGGAGGUGAAUACACUGAGUACUCCAUCAAAGCACAAUUUAUUGACAAAAAUAAUUUACGAGAAAAGGCAGAACUGUUAUUGGAGCAAUAUUCGAAGGCUGCUAGUCUGUUUCCUCACAACGUGGCACUUGUACCAAUUGGAGAUGAUUUCAGAUAUAAUCACGAAGUCGAAUUCGACCAGCAAUACACCAACUACAAACUCCUAGUCGACUUCAUAAAUGAAAACAGCAAAAAAUACGGAACUGAAAUAUCCUUCGGUACUCCUCGAAAUUAUUUUGAAGCAAUCGAAAAACGUACAGCAGAGGCACAACAACGGUUUCCGACAGUUGCCGGAGAUUUCUUUGUGUAUUCAGAUAUAUUCACUGAGGGUCGACCUGCUUAUUGGUCAGGAUACUUUACUACCAGACCCUAUUUGAAGAUACUGGACAGAACUGUUGAACACAAUUUAAGGAAUGCUGAGAUUUUAUACACAAUCGCCACCAAUAGGGCACGUCAACUAUCCCAGCAUCCGAAUAGCAAACCAGGAGUUAACUCCCAGAAAUACUCUUCGCAUUUGAGAAUCCUUGAAAAACACUACGACAGUCUGACUCGUGCCAGAAGGCAUUUGGCAUUAUUCCAGCACCAUGAUGCCAUUACUGGAACUUCCAAACAUGCUGUCAUGAGAGACUAUGGAUUGAAACUGUUUGAAGCUUUGCAAAUUGCCAAUAAGAUACAAGAAGACUCCAUCGAGAGUUUACUUGUUGAACACAAGGAAAAAGACAAAGACGAUUUGAAAGGUUUUAUUUUGAAGGAUAUCGAGAAGGAGAGUUAUGACAAAUUGGAUAGAAAGGUUCCUAUAUCGAUGUCGAGAGAAAAGAGACAAAUCGUGAUGUUCAACUCGCUUCCACAAGAACGUUCUGAAGUCGUCAUAAUACGCGUGAAUGAUACCAAAAUAGCAAUUCUUGACGACCAGAACAAAGAGGUGCGCAUACAAAUCAGUCCUGUCUGGAACACAUCUACGACUCUACCACAAUGGACAAUAUCCGAUAAAGAAUUUGAAAUAUCCUUCAUAGUCCGCCUACCACCUUUGAGUUUAUCUACAUACUCCAUAAUCACCACCAAGAAAGAAGAUCCCAAAAACUUUGCGACUAUCUAUUGCGAUAAAUGUCAAGACGAUGGUGGAAAGUCGAAGUUCCAAUUUAAACCAAUGCAACCUGGUGAUGUCCAAUUAGAAAACAGAGAUUUGAGACUUUUGUUCGAUGGAAGAAGUGGAUUUUUAAAGACUAUCACGCAUAAAAGUUUUUUGAAGAACAAGGACAAUGCUGAUGGGGCUUCUAAGAAAUAUACAACUAGGAAUGUUAUGUGCAAUGUUAAAUUCGGGGCUUAUGUCAGCGCCCAGUUCCACUCUGGUGCCUACUUGUUUAAACCUGAUCCGAACACUUUGGAACCGGAAAGGGAUAUUUUGAAAGGCCUCUCUCCUGGUCUAAUGAUAAUAAGUGGUCAAAUAUCAAGCGAACUAACAGCCUUGUACAACGGAUUCAUAUCACACACAACAAGAAUAUACAAUUUCAAAAACGAUUACCAUCCUUCCAAAAAUAGUGAAUUAAUGCGUGCUGUAUACUUAGAAACCUUGGUCGACUUUGGAGAACCUCCUAAAUACAGGGAAACUGAACUGUUCCUUAGGUUACAAACAAAUAUCGACAAUGGUGACACACCAGUGUUCUACACCGAUUCUAAUUCUUUCCAAUACCAUAAAAGAACUUUAGUACCAGCAAUUGGUCCUGAAGGCAACUACUACCCGAUAACCAGUAUGGCUUUCAUUCAGGAUGCAAAGACCAGAGUGACUUUGAUAACUGAUCAUGCACAAGGCGCUGCAAGUUUGGAACCAGGUUAUUUGGAAGUAAUGUUGGAUCGAAGGACUUUGUAUGAUGAUUCUCGAGGAAUGGGUGAAGGACUUAUUGACAAUAAACCGACUGUAUUUAAAAACUGGUUGCUGGUGGAAAGUGUUCAUUCGAAGGACGAUGAUCAAAGUGUACAAAAUAGUAAAGAUGCAUCCAACAUCAGAGAAGGUUUAGACAUUGCCAAAGAUUUACUGCAAAAAUCUGCCGAUGCAAAUUCUGAUAAACAAAAUGAAGAAUAUCAACUACCAAGUUUAGCAGCUACACGAUUAGCAGAUGCCUUGAAUUAUCCUCUAAAUAUCUACUCUGUCGAAGAACCAAAUUACACAACAAUAAACCAGGACAGGAGUCGAGUACCUUUAAUAUCACAUCCUUUACCUUGCGACAUGAGAUUGAUCAAUAUGAGAAUACUAAGCGAUGAGACUUAUCAUCAAUUUCCUGGUUCAAAUGCUCUGUUAAUGUUGCACAGACAGGGUUACAGUUGUCAAAUAGGCAGUACAAAUCCUUUGGACACUUGCCACAAUACAAGAAUGCAUCCUGAUACUACAUUGACUGAUGUUAAAAUAAAGAAAGUAACAGAGACCAGUCUGACUGGUGUUAAGGAUUUGGAACCGGUUAAAGGACUUGGAGAUAUUUUUGUCGAGAAAAUGGAUUUGGCAAUGUACAGGAUAGAUUUUGAAGAGUAG